AUGACUCGCUCUUGCUUUCCUAACAAGGUGUUCUCUGAUCCAUUGCCUUUUUAUUUCAAUAUUAUUGGAUCCUUAAGAAAUUUUCCAGCUUGGGAAUUGUUUCUUUUAUUCUACAGUGUGUGUUUUGUUGCAGGAAAGGAGGUGCUUUACAGCAUUACAGGUGGCAACAAAGAUGGACUCUUUACCAUUGACCAGCACUCAGGCGCCAUCACCCUCGCCGCCUCCCUUGAUUAUGAACUCCACCACAAGCACCAGCUGGUGGUGGUAGCGGAGGCUGGGAUGGACGCAGCGCACGCCAUAGUACAGGUGCGCGUGUUGGACGUCAACGACAACCCUCCGUCGUUCCUCAAGCCACACCCACAGGUCCUGGUCGUCGAGGAGGACGACAGACACCUUCCAGCAGUCAUUCUCCAGGUGGAAGCGACGGACGCUGAUGCCAGAGACGCCGGCUGGCUAGAGUACUCUUUGCGGGGAGACGGUGUCGACGACUAUCAACCUGAAGACGCCUUCUUCUCCAUCGAUCCUCUAACUGGACAUCUCUUCCAGCUCAGGGCAAUUGACCGCGACCCACCGCACGGAAGAGGAGUGUGGCGGAUUCAAGUGACAGUGCGUGAUGGCCAGGGAUUUAAACAGCCAGCAGACAGCUUUCACACGCUGGUGACGGUCCCAGAUCGUCAAGCAGCGACGGAGAACAGCCGAGAACCUGCCAGAAAACAUCACCGACAGCAGGCUCCCCUGAGCAGUACCGGACACCCCAGCCGUACCUGGGUAUACAGACAUGGGUAAAGCGCUGGUAAAGAAAAGCAAUUACUGCGAGAAGUGACCCAGAAUGUUCAAAAAUCAGUAUUUUUCCGAUCAUUGGCAAAUUUUCAUAGUAAGCGAGACUUGAGAGUACAAAAUAAAGAGAAAGAAACAGAGGAAGUGCAAGUUGAGUCACAAACUAAUGUUGAAUAUAAGGAGAAAAAAAAAACAAAGAGAGAAUUGCAUGAUAUUUUAUUGACAGAGAAUUAUGUAAAUACACAACUCCUGCACAACGUUCCUAGAAAUUUGACUACAAAUGGAGGUGGGUGUGUUGAAAUGGGUGGGUUCGGAGGUAACCUGGCAGGCGAUGCUCUAGCUGAUGUUGGGAGUGGCACCAGUGGUAUUGUUGGUAGUGGAUGGGUACAUGUGGUGGAGACGACGGUGACAGUGUUGGUGAAGGAUAUCAACGAUAAUGCUCCUGUCUUCCCCAACACCACCAUGCUGGGCGAGGUGCUGGAGAAUGCACCAACCGGAGUGUCUGUGUUGAUGAUCUCUGCCUGGGAUGCUGACGACGACACCGAGGGCACCAACGCUAGGCUCUCUUACUCCAUUGAGAAGAACGUGAUUGAUGAGCGAUCAGGAGAGGCGCUCUUCAGUAUGGAGCCUCAUACUGGUCUAGUGAUGACGGCUCUCUGCUGCCUGGAUCGCGAAACUACACCAGAGUAUCAGAUCCAAGUGGUGGCCUCAGAUGGCGGUGGCCUUAAGGGUACGGGAACGGUGGUAGUGAGAGUGGGAGACGUCAAUGACAACGCACCUCGUCUAUCACGAAGAGACUGGCUCCUGGAAAUGGACGAGACCCCUGGGUCAAGUCCUCCAUCACACACCACACUGCUGGAGCUGGCAGCAACCGACCCCGAUAUUCUCAAUCAUUUCGCUUUCAGGGUGGCUGCAAACAGUGGCUGGGGUUGGCAACAUUUCGGGAUUCGAACUGUUGGAGCAGUGGGUCACCUGUAUGCACGACACACCCUCGACUACGAGACAGAAGAACACAGACGAGGCUUCAGGUUCAUGGUUCAGGUGUCUGAUAAAGGUCCAGCAGACUGGUCUGAUCUCAGCCACGUUGACUCAGCGUGGGUGAAGAUCACACUGAGAAACCUCAAUGAUAACCCACCCACGUUCUCACGCCCGCACGCCCACGUCACCGUCAGGGAGGACCUGGCCCCCGGCACGCUGCUGACCACUCUACCCGCCCACGACCCUGACGUGGGAGGAGAGCUAGGGGUGGACUACCACCUUGAGGGAGGCUGGGACGUUCUCAGUGUCGAUGUUAACGGCACCGUUACUCUGCGAGGGAUGUUGGACCGUGAUGCCCCAGGAGGGGACGCUGAGGUGGCCAGGAUUCUAGCCGUGGACCGUGGGCGUCCCCGUCUCACAGCUACAGCUACCCUCACCAUCACCGUCACUGACGUCAACGACUGUCCACCGAGCCUUCUGCCACCUACACGCCUUCACAUUACCGAGGGUAGCCCGCCCACCAAACUAGGCGUCCUCAAGAUCACCGACCCUGAUGUUUGGGCGUUGGGGCACGGCCCGCCCUUCAACAUCUCCAUGUCACCGUCCAACCCCGCCCACGUCUUGAAUCUGGUUUCCCUUAAGUUCGACCGUCGACUGGACAGUGGACGCGGCGGAGCUGAGGUUUGGACGGAGGCAGCCUUAGAUAGAGAAGAACAUCGUCAACUUGUUGUGGAUGUAGUGGUGAUGGACGCUGAGGGUCUGGCUGCCACACGCUCCUUCACGCUCCUCAUUGACGACAUCAACGACAAUCCAAUGAAGCCAGGCGCUAAGACAGUCUUCCUUUGGAAGACCCAAGGUGGAGGGUCGGAGAUUCCUCUUGGCAGAGUCUACGUGGACGCCCCUGACGACUGGGUGCCAGACAAAAUGUUCCAGUGGGUUGGUUCCCCUCACCCGCUCUUCUCCUUACGUCCUGUCACCGGUCUCAUCUAUGCUUCCACCAACGUUACUCAAAAUAGGUAUCACCUGCAUUUCUCAGUGAGUGACCGCGUGUGGAAACAACAAGGAGUGACAGCUAAUGUUACUGUGGUGGUGCGUGUCCUGCCCCCGGAAGCUCUCGCCCACGCCACUCCGAUCACCAUCACCCCCACCACGCCUGCAGACUUCACCAGGGGCUGGACGCCCACGGAGGGCGGUGGUGGUCUUGGAGCUCUCUUGCAUCAGGUACUGACACUGGUGGGCCACACCGACCACACUGUGGAGGUUGUCAGCCUCCAUGGUAAUGCCAACGAUCACGCCCACGCCCACUUUCUUAAUACUGCCAGCUCUCCGAUACCAUCCUCUUCUACCGCUGUUAAGCCUCCUACACCCACGUCCCGUCCACUCACUACCCACGUUUGGAUUAGUGUGAGAGAUGCCAAGGGUGCCUACAUGAACCAAGUCAAACUGCAGGGACUCCUUGGUCUUCAUACCCACCACCACGCAGCUCUCGGUGACGGUGGGGCAUCCGGCUUCUAGCAGCUCUGAAGGGGUAACACCUCUCCACCAGGACAACCUCACACACCCUUCCCUGGCCUCCACCGACCCCUCCUUCGCCUCCGCUGACCUCCAGAUACAGGUUGUGGACACGAACACGACCUCCUUGGUAACCCCGAGACUGACACGACCUCAUGACUGCCACACCCAACACCCACGCCAGCCAGAGACCUGCACGGCUGCAACGUGUUUUAACGGUGGAAGGUGCAUCUUGACGUCUACCGGUAGCAGGUGCGUUUGUCCAGGCGGAUCAUCGGGGCCCCACUGCAAGGUGAUAAGCCGAAGCUUCACUGGACACGGUUGGGUUUGGGUUCGUCCGCUGCCACUCUGCCUGCCGACCACCGUUUCCCUUCGUCUUCUCACUCGCCAUCCACACUCCAUCAUCCUGUACUCGGGUCCCCUGGCCCCACCCCCAUCCACGCUCACGCACACGCCCAUGCUGGCGCUUCAACUGGUGGAGGGGCGACCCCAGCUUCUUCUUGAGGGUGAUACUGGCUCGCUGAAACUCGAACUAAACACCACCUUGCAUGACGGACAGUGGCACACCCUCCACCUUACAUUCAAUGACCAGGAAGUAGCAAUGAUGGUGGACCUAUGUGGGCGUGGCUGGGACCAUCACGCCCAGAAUGAUGCCCACUGCCUGGCACGGGCAAGUUGGCCAACAGGGCAAGGCGUGGGUGCUUGGCAUGGGCAUGGGCCCUUGCAGUUGGGUGGGCUAGCACAAGCCCGGCCUCAUGCAGGCUCUCACGGCUGGAAAGAAGAACUAACGACUCACAACCUCCACGGCUGUCUCUCGCACCUAACAAUCAACGCUCAGGUAGUGGACCUGGGUCAGCCGGCAGACAGCCAAGGUAGCACGAGCGGCUGUCGCCUGCAGGAGACAGCCUGCCCUGGCGGCCACGGUGGGUGUGGCUUGCGGGGAGAGUGUGUGGGCGGGCUGGAACACCCUCAUUGUGAGUGUGAACAAGGAUGGUCGGGACCAGACUGUGCUACGCCCACUGUGCCCGCUUCCCUGGGCAAGUCUUCUUACAUGAAGGUAGCGCUCUCGUUCAGACCGGCACCGCUGGUGUUGCGGGUUCAGUUGCGGGUCCGGACAAGAGGUAACCGCACUGGUCUUCUAGUCCAUCUAGCUGCCCUCCACCGAACAGCUGCCUUCACGCUCCACCUACGUGCCGGUAUGGCGUGUGUGUCAGUGUCUGGGGCUGGUUGGGCGUCACGGGCGGCCUGUGUGGAGGGCUACUUACUAGGUGACGGAGCCUGGCACACCGUCACGGCUGAACGUCACGGUCACAGCCUGGUGGUGAUUGUCGAUGAUGGUGACGACUUUCGGAGGCAGGAGAGAUUGGCGUGGUUAGCAGCUCCCGGAGAGGGCGAGUAUGCAACAGGACCGCCCAUGUCCCUGGAGGUGGAUAAACACAAUGGCGUGACAGUCGGAGGUUUGCCAGAGUUCGUGGGCGGCAGUCUAAUCAAAGUCCACGACGAUCUCCACGACACAUGCCUGGACGACUUGCGAGUGUCCGGGGUAUCGCUGCCUUUGGCUCCAGCUGUUAACAGCACCAGCUGGGGCCAGGUAACCUCUGUUGAGCGUCUGGAAUCGGGAUGUUACUCAACUGAUGUUUGUGUUAAUUCGACCUGCUCUGCUCCUCUCACUUGUUACACUGCGUGGGACCAACCUACCUGCAGUUGUGGACCCGGCCACCAGCGAGUUGGUCGUGCUUGUAAAGACAUAGACGAAUGCUUGUGGAACCCUUGUCUACACGGAGGCUCCUGUUACAAUCUGCGACCCGGGUACACCUGCGUCUGCGAUCCCAACCAUAUAGGCCCCAACUGUCAGUGGACGAAACUAGAUUCCGUGGGACACUCUCUCACAGCCCCGGCAGCUAUAGCCGCACUUUCACUCUUCGUCCUCAUCUUAGUGGUGCUCGGAAUUAUUUUCUCCAGACGCCUGCAGUGCCUACGCACCACACAGGCGUUGAAUGUGGGCGUAGACGUGCCCACGGAUGAUGCAAGACAGAAUAUCGUUAGCAUGAAGGGAUCAGUCAAGGAGAACAAGAGUUCGAUGACGCAGAAAGGUGCAAUUCCCGACACUUUGCUGGAGCUGCUCAAAGUUAAGAUGGAGUGCCAUCAGCCCAAUCAGCAGAGGGAAGGUGAGUGUGGAGCCAAGGAGGUGAGUGGACGCGUCGUGGGAAGUCAGUCGUGUCCAGAGCAGCAACAGCCGUCCCUAGAUACGCAGUUGACGUGUCAAGAACCACGGCUUAUGUCAGGGGAAAACCUUAGAACAUUUGCUUACGAGGGCGACGGCUCCUCGUCUGGUUCCCUCACAUCAGCAAUAUCAGUGUUGCGUGCAGAACUGGAGACGGAGGCGAGCAUCCAGCCACUAGUUCCAGAAUUCUCCGAAGUGAUCGAUCUCCUCAGGAAUCUGCCCGAGGCACCACGAAGUACUUCCUCCUUAGCUAAGAUCAGCAACACGAAGUCUACGUCCUCCGAGCAGCGAAAGCUUGUGACUAAAGCAAGAAAGGACGAUCAUACCUCCGAUGAGAUCACAGCUACGUCACUCAACCAAACCCACGUUAUUGUCAUGGCCCCUUAGACAUCGAGUAACAAGGAAGAGGAUUCAAGCCUGACCAUGGUGUUCCGUGGCAUGGUAAUCAACGCUCUCGUCUCACACACUAAGUGUCCGUGGUUCAAUCCCCGGCCGGGUGGAUACACUGGGCGUGUAUCCUUGCACCUGCUGUCCCCGCUCACCGAGCAAGCAAGUAGGUGUGGGACGCAUCCUGGGGGACAAGACUGAAGGACCCCAAUGGAAAUAAGACUGACUUUCUUGGGUUAUCCUGGGUGGCUAACCCUCCGGUGUUAAAAAUCUUAUCUUAUCUUCCUACGAUAGGAGGCUAUGCUCUCCAAUCCGGUCUGAGAGGUUAAAGGUGCUUGCGGAGGAUCGAGCCUCCGCCUUUUCCACCUAUAGAAGCAUUUAUCACUCACCGUAAAUGAACUGUUAUUCUAGCGUCUCUGGUCAGAGUGACCUGGGAUCAGUUCUUUGUUGGAAGUCAUGUUUCGUGGAAUAAUAAUCAGACACACGUCGAUAAUUAUUCUUUAAUUUUUAUAGUAAUUAAUAUUUAAAUGUAAUAUGAAACAGUAGACAAUAUAGAAACGAAUAGAAGAACUUUUGUAAACUGAGUAAGGACUAAUGUACAGCUCCUGGCCUUCCCUUGACAGUACGUGAUGAAUAUUAUCCUUUAUCCCUAUCUGACCAGCAUCUUAUCAACACAAAUAACUAUCAUGAUGGUGUCACUGGUGGUGCCACAGGUUGUGUUACUGGUGGUGCUAUCAGUGGUGUCACCAAUAGUGUCACCAGUGGUGUCACUGGUUGUGUUACUGGUGGCACUACUAGUGAUGUCGCUGGUGGUGACACUGGCUAUGUCACUGGUGGAGUUAUCAGUGGCGUCACUGGUGGUGUCUCCAGUUUCACUGUUAGUGUCACUGGUGGUGUUUCCAGUUUCACUGUUAGUGUCACUGGUGGUGUUACUGUAGAUAUUAGUAGUGGUGUUACUGGUUGCAUCAUUGUCACUACCCGUAACACUACCACUGAAGGUGUUACUGGUGGUGUCACUGUUAAUGUCAUCCGUGGUGUUAGUGGUAUCACUGAUGGUAUCAUUAGUACUCACUUGAUGGUAACGUUAUAAGGCCAAUAUGGAGGCUUCUGUGACCUGACUAUCGUCACUCUCAGAUAAGAAUAAUCGUCAAUGCUCCAUAUUGUCUCUGCAUUUAGCAGUUGGACUGUAGUAUAUUUAUUUCAAGUGUACUUAUAUGUUUUAUAUAUUUAUAUACAU